GCACGGCAUCCCCGUGGUCCUUUAUAAGUGAGGAGGCUGCUCCUGGUGUGCUGAGCGCCAGGCGCUGGGGCUGAGAAAGCACCAACAGCCGGGUGGCGUGUCCUUUGUGCCAGGAGUCGUGGGGAUGCAUCCGCGCUAAAGGAGCAGCUCCAGUAUGGGGGCCAAAUCUGUGUGGGCCUCAGGCCUCCUGGUGCUGUGGCUGCUGCUGCUAGUGGCUGGGGAUCAGGACACACAGGACACCACCACCACGGAAAAGGGACUUCGCAUGCUCAAGUCGGGUCCCGGGCCCGUCCUUGCUGCCCUGGCAGAGCUGGUGGCUCUGCCCUGCCUCUUCACCCUGCAACCACGGCUAGGCACCCCGCGAGACAUCCCUCGCAUCAAGUGGACCAAGGUUCGGACUGCGUCAGGCCAGCGACAGGAUUUGCCCAUCUUGGUGGCCAAGGACAACGUGGUUCGUGUGGCCAAGGGCUGGCAGGGACGGGUGUCAUUGCCUGCGUACCCCCGGCACAGAGCCAACGCUACGCUUCUGCUGGGGCCGCUGCGGGCCAGCGACUCGGGGCUGUACCGCUGCCAAGUGGUAAAGGGUAUUGAGGAUGAACAGGACCUGGUGACCCUGGAGGUAACGGGUGUCGUGUUCCACUACCGGGCGGCCAGGGACCGCUAUGCGUUGACCUUCGCUGAGGCUCAGGAGGCCUGUCGCCUGAGCUCUGCCACCAUUGCCGCCCCACGACACCUGCAGGCUGCCUUCGAAGACGGCUUUGAUAACUGCGACGCAGGCUGGCUCUCAGACCGCACGGUUCGGUAUCCCAUCACCCAGUCGCGUCCUGGUUGCUAUGGUGACCGCAGCAGCCUGCCCGGGGUUCGGAGCUAUGGGAGACGGGACCCACAGGAACUCUACGACGUCUACUGUUUUGCUCGCGAGCUAGCGGGUGAAGUCUUCUACGUGGGCCCUGCACGCCGACUGACCCUGGCGGGCGCGCGGGCGCAAUGUCAGCGGCAGGGUGCAGAGCUGGCCUCAGUGGGGCAGUUGCACCUGGCCUGGCACGAGGGCCUGGACCAGUGCGACCCCGGCUGGCUGGCAGAUGGCAGCGUGCGCUACCCGAUCCAGACUCCGCGGCGGCGUUGCGGAGGCCCCGCCCCGGGUGUGCGCACAGUCUACCGCUUCGCCAACCGCACCGGCUUCCCGGCGCCCGGAGCACGCUUUGACGCCUACUGCUUCCGAGCUCAUCACCUUACACCACAACAUGGAGACUCUGAGACUCCCUCUUCUGGAGAUGAGGGGGAGAUUGUGUCGGCAGAGGGGCCCCCAGCCCGAGAGCUAGAGACCAGCUUGGGGGAGCGGGAGGUGGCGGCACCCGACUUCCAGGAACCUCUUAUGUCGUCCAGUGGAGAAGAUGAACCUCUCGACCUGAUGUGGACACUAGUGUCUCAGGCGACCCUUGGCUCCACUCCAGUGGUGCCCACGCUGGCUUCACAGUCCUCUUCUGCAGAGUGGCUGCUCACGGACGCCACGGGUUCCACAGGUGUCUCCAGCCCCAGUAGCAUGGCAGUGAAUAAGGAGGAGAUGACACCCUCGGGCACAAAGGCAGCUCCCACUCCCACGACAAGGAGGGGCCGUUUCAAAGGGCUGAACGGUCGACAUUUCCAACAACAGGGCCCAGAUGGGCAGCUUGAGGCAACAGAGGCCAGUGCCCAGCCUCCCGCCCUGGAAGUUACUGUUGACCCCACGGGGCCUCCUGCAGCCACAGGGGCCUCAGGCAAUGACCACAGCAGCAGUCCCUGGGCCAUUCUGACCAACGAAGUGGAUGUGCCAGGAGCAGGUUCUCCUGGCAACAGGAGUCCCCCAGAGUCCCGGAAGUGGUCCCAGUCUUUGCUCUCACCCAGCAUUCCAAGCACCGACAGUACCCCUGGCAUGGAACAAGGGGCAGUUGAGGCCUUCAGCACCAAAUCAACCAUCCACUACGUGCCCUGGUCACCCUCGGAGCCCGCUGCUCCUCCCUCCAGUCCCUUCGAGGCCCUAAGUGCUGUCUCCCACGAGGCACCCCGUGACGACAGCUCCCCAGACUUCCCCAUUGUGGCCAUGCUUCGUGCCCCCAAACUGUGGCUUGUGCCACACUCCACACUCAUCCCCAGUGUCACCCCCGUUCCGCCCUCCCCAGCUUCUCCACUCCCCUCCUGGGGCCCGGAAGAAGAAGAUGGGGAUGUCACCACUGCCAGGCCUGUCAGCCUUGAGCCCCCAUCUCAGACCACUAUGGCUACCCCAGUCAAAGCCAGCCACGGAUCUGCUGCUGCAGAUUCUAGAGAGAUUGGGGAGAUCAGCCCCAUCCAGGCUACAAAGCACUCCAGCUCUGGCCCAUGGGUGUCCUUGGACUCCAGUAAUGUGACAAUGAAUCAUGCCCCCUCUGGUGCUGGCAUCCUAGGGACUGAGUCUGGGGAUUUAGACUUACCAGGGACUCCCACAUCUGGCGGUGAGACCACUGUGGACAAGGUGCUGGCCACCUGGCUACCGCUGCCCAGCCAAGGACUGAACACUGGCUCCCAGUCCACACCCUUGGGAGGCUAUGGAGUCACCGUGAGUGUGGAACCUACAGUGGCUUUGGAGGGAGACACCACUGAGGGCCCUAUGGAGGCCAUCAUGGAGCUGGUCCCCAGCGUUGCUGCUGCCACUUGGGGGUCUGAACCCAAAAGUUCCAUUUCUAGCACCCAUGUGGCUGUGACCAGGCCUGCUGCUCAGACCACGCCCACACUGACCUCUGCAAGCUCCCAAGGCCACCCAGAGCCAGAGGGUCAGAUGGUGGCCCAAGGGUCACCGGGACCUCUCAGCAGUCUGCCUUUGCAUCCCUGGUCAUCCCCGGCCUCCAGCAUGGACGAAGUGGCCUCGGUUUCCUCAGGGGAGCCCACAGGGCUGUGGGAAGCCCCCAGCACCCUGAUACCUGUGUCCCUGGGCUCGGAUGAGUCAGACCUGAAUGUUGUGGCUGGGAGUCCAGGCUUGGAGGGCUUCUGGGAAGAGGUGGCCAGCGGGCAGCAGGAUCCCACAGAUCCCUGUGAGAACAACCCUUGCCUGCACGGGGGCACCUGUCGCACCAAUGGCACCAUGUAUGGCUGCAGCUGUGAUCAGGGCUAUGCCGGGGAGAAUUGUGAAAUUGACAUCGAUGACUGCUUGUGCGGCCCUUGUGAGAACGGAGGCACCUGCAUUGACGAGGUGAACGGGUUCAUCUGCCUCUGUCUGCCCAGCUAUGGGGGCAGCCUGUGUGAGAAGGACACGGAAGGUUGCGACCGUGGCUGGCACAAAUUCCAGGGUCACUGCUACCGGUACUUUGCCCAUCGGCGGGCCUGGGAGGAUGCAGAGAGAGACUGCCGACGCCGGGCUGGACACCUGACAAGUAUUCACUCACCAGAGGAGCACAAGUUCAUUAACGGUUUUGGACACGAGAAUUCCUGGAUCGGCCUGAAUGACAGGACAGUGGAGAGGGACUUCCAGUGGACAGACAACACGGGACUGCAAUACGAGAACUGGAGGGAGAAGCAGCCGGAUAACUUCUUCGCUGGCGGGGAGGACUGUGUGGUGAUGGUGGCACACGAGAGCGGGCGUUGGAAUGAUGUCCCCUGCAACUACAACCUCCCUUACGUCUGCAAGAAGGGCACAGUGCUGUGUGGUCCCCCUCCAGCAGUGGAGAAUGCCUCCCUUGUCGGUGUGCGCAAAGCCAAGUACAAUGUCCAUGCCACUGUGCGAUACCAGUGUGACGAAGGCUUCUCCCAGCACCACGUGGCCACUAUCCGCUGCCGGACCAAUGGGAAGUGGGACCGGCCCCAGAUCGUCUGCACCAAACCCAGGCGGUCACAUCGGAUGCGUAGACACCACCACCAUCAGCACCGACAUCACAAACCGCACAAGGAGCACAGGAAACACAAGAGACACCCAGCUGAGGACUGGGGGAAGGACGAAGAGGAUCUCUGCUGAAGAGCCAGGCUAAGCAAGCACAGGCUCCCGCACCUCCUCACCUCCUCCUGGGGAGCCAGAACCCAGACAGCCACGAGAGAGAGAGAGAGAGAGAGAGAGAGAGAGAGGGUGGGGGACACCCCUGAGCCCCACACUCUUGCGGUCCUCUGUAUAAAGCUCAGAUCGCCCCCUCCUUCCCUACUGAUGUCCUCCUGGCACGGGUGGCCAGGCCUCAGAGGCCACUCUGGUCUGGUGAGCCUCUAGGAUCAACUCCCAGUCAUGGGAAAGAGAGUCCAAAAACCUGCUUACUAAGUGUCCACAAGAGGCAACGGUACAUUCUGGGGGAGUGGCUUUCACACCAGAGAUUCAGGCUUAGUAAAUAGUGGACCAUCCUGAAUCCAGGGUGAAGUUUUGGCUGAAGGUCACUGCAUUUGCGAGUGGAAGCCCAGCAAUGCA